CUGAUUUCAUGGAAGACAAUCUUUCCACAGAUGGAGGUGGAGGGGUGGACAGCAGGAGGCGUCAAGGGAGGUGUCCCCGUUUUCCAUUUAGAUCAACACUUCAAAUUCCUGCCAUGGAAAAUUCGGAGAAGACAGAAGUGGUUCUCCUUGCUUGUGGUUCCUUUAAUCCUGUCACCAACAUGCACCUCAGGUUGUUUGAGCUGGCCAAGGACUACCUGAAUGGAACAGGAAAGUACAAAGUUAUCAAAGGCAUAAUUUCUCCUGUUGGUGAUGCGUAUAAUAAGAAAGAGCUCAUCCCUGCCCAUCACCGAGUCAUCAUGGCAGAACUGGCCACUAAGAAUUCAAAAUGGGUGGAAGUGGACACCUGGGAAAGUCUUCAGAAGGAGUGGGUGGAGACUGUUAAGGUGCUAAGGCACCAUCAAGAGAAGCUGGAGGCUAGUAACUGUGACCAGCAGCAGAACUCACCUAUGCUAGAAAGGCCUGGGCGGAAGAGGAAGUGGGCUGAACAAAGACAAGAUUCCAGUCCAAAGAAAUCCCUAGAUCCCCAAACAAAAGGUGUGGCAAAGGUAAGGUUGCUGUUUGGGGCAGAUUUAUUAGAGUCCUUUGGGGUUCCCAAUUUGUGGAAGAGUGAGGAUAUCGCCCAGAUUGUCGCAGACUACGGGCUCAUCUGUAUCACUCGGGCCGGAAGUGACGCUCAGAAGUUCAUCUACGAAUCUGAUGUGCUGUGGAAACACCGGAGCAACAUCCACCUGGUGAACGAAUGGAUCACCAAUGACAUCUCGUCCACAAAGAUCCGGAGAGCCUCAGAAGGGCCCAGAGCAUUCGCUACUUAGUACCAGACCUUGUCCAGGAGUAUAUCAAAAAGCAUGAUUUGUAUAGCUCCGAGAGUGAAGACAGGAAUGUUUAGGUCAUCCUAGCUCCUUUGCAGAGAAAUACUGCAAAAGCUAAGGCAUAGGAAUUCUUAUCGU